UCGACGCUGCCAUCAUCCCCCAUCAACCCUGCUACCGACACCACAGACCGUCGGCGGUUCACAACAGAACUCGCCAUUGUCGACCUCCGAUGUCUCCCACUAUAUUACCACCACCGUCGCUGUAUGUCUCAAGGUACGACCACAACAUCUCGCUCGAAGGCGAAAUCUCAUAGGAAAUCGAUAAUAUGUCGAGCCGCGAGCACCGGUCACGGAUCUAGCGGGUGCUUCCUCGGCGAGAUCCAAAGAAACAUUGGAAGGUUAAAGAACCUCACAGCCUUCAAAUAUGACGAUAAUAUGAAUUUCAGGGCAAAUUGUCCGGUUGCGGAGCCGGCAGGCGGCGAUUCACUCUUUCGGCGGGAAUGGGCAAAACUUUUGUUUGAGGCAGUUUGUGAUGUCGCCGCCGAAUAUGGAGUCGAACUCUGGUCGGAC